UUAUCAUUAAUAAUAAUAUCGUUGUAAUAAAUGUAAAAAUGUUUAUUUUAUUGACUAAUUUUUACUCACUAACUAGUAAUUCUUUCCAUGUUCAUGGAGCACUUUUGGUGCUGAUCGCGUUGCAAUAUGGUCAUCAAUCGAAAUGACUAUACAUUCCAGCGACCAUCUUUGAAUGUUAGGUAGUUCAUGACAAUUGUGAGGAAGUUCUUCACCGAGGCUUCAUGCUAAUUAGUAUUAAUCGCUAAGGUCAAUUUGCUAUCUUAAGAGAAAUGAUGCUUUUUUUUACCUCGAAUCACUUAUCAUCGAAGUGUAGCAGGAUUCGACUUACGUACUAUUAGAUAAAAGUGUUAUGAUGUGCAGUCGUCCGAGUUAGCUACUGAAAUUUUCGCUUCCUCUACGCAUACCCAAACCACCUACUUGAGUAAGGAAAUCAAGCGAGAAUGGAAAGCUGUUAUUGGUUAGUAGAUUCGAAAAUACAUGCACAACUUAUGGGAAUUUAUUUGUUUCCUCCAAUCAAAGCAAGAGACAAUCUAAACAAAUAUGGAGACAGUGAGGAGUCAAAGUCCAUCAAUAACCAACCAAGAUGAACAUUGACAGGACAAGAUUUUAGUCAUAUGUGAAAAACUUCGAAACAAAUUAAAUUUUAUAAUGGCUAGUACUAAUAUUGGGCUGCCUAAAGUGAAUUAAAUCGAGCGGAAUUCAAACCUAGGCUUUAUUACUUGAAAGUAAGAUUGACACAGCCACUAAGACAGACUGUCGUAAGCAACGUAGAACCUGGGAUAUACGUGCAUCAGUUCAAGUUGCCAUACCAUAUGAGCGCAGUGCGGUGAGAUUAUUCAACAAAAUUCGAGAGCAGUAGUGGUAUCAGUUGUAAUAGACAAGAUUAGAGAUAAAUAGUAUGUUUCAAGAAGAAAUGAAAAAUUAUUCCAAGACUGAAGAUCUAAGUGAAGACAGAGUAGAUAUGUCUGCAUCACUACAGCCCAUUCUGAAUCUUGUCACCCAACGUCUGCAACUACCAGUUGCGAUAGUCAAUCAAAUCCCAACCAAGUAGUAUGCAUCUGCUGGACAGUAUACUCAUCCGAUUGGCAGAUGGACAUGUCACCUGAUCUAUAGGUGAUGGAAGUUAUCAGAAUCCAAGUGAACCUUCUAGACCCGUAUCGAUGUUUCUUCCGAUGCAAACCCACGAGGACUGAUGAGACUCCCAAGAUGAUUGAAGUGGUCUAUGUGCCCAACUACUUCAUAGGAUAUUGUUACUGCGGACCAGUUCCCAAACAAUAUUUUUGAUCUAGAGAGAAAGAGAGGGGAAUGGAUCUAAAACAUUGUUACAUUAUUGACCAAGGCAAUCAAAGACUGCAUUUGUUUCAUCUACAGCAGCAACAAAGUACUCAGUCAUAAGUUUGAUUGCUUUGUAUUCAUUCUAGAACUUGCACAUGAGAAGUUUGAUGGACAAUACACCAACGUUGUGUGAUAGUAACUACAAUCCUUAAUUGUAUAGUGCUUCACAAUUUUCUGUACGUUAUCUGAUUACAUACCCCCGUAAGGAUUCAUAAAGAUUAUGAAUUAUUUCGAGGUUUAUUCACAACAUGUGUUUACCAAUUCACUGAUGACAAUCAAGGUAUGCUGAGAGCUUUUUUACCAAUUCCGUGUUAGUCACUUCACUGUUAAAGUAAAGGGAAGCCCAGCUAGAUGUUUACCCAUAAUUUAGAACAUGCUAGUGGUCACAGAAAUUUACUUUCCUGAUUUGGAAUAUUAAACUUAAUUCAACUCUACUGUCAAUCAAGAAGAAUCUUCUUACAUCUCAAUUUUAUACAUGGUUAACUGCCUUCUUAUUUCAUUCAGGCGUCCAAUUUUAAAAAAUGUAUCAUUCAAAAUACCGAAGGGUCACACUGUUGCCUUGGUAAGUGAUAAUUUAAUGUCUGUUUAACUAACAAAUUUAACAGUUUCAUUAUUCUAUAAUCAACAUUUCGACAAUAUUUCACCCGCUUUGAAUUUUUAAUUUUCAUUAUCGAUUAAACUAACCUUACCAGGUGCUUAUGCAUCUCGGUUUGAAAACACAGCAAUUUGUUCCCUAUUCAUAAUCAACAUCUUUAUUUCUACUAGAUUCACAUUCUCAUGGUAGACUAAGAAGGUCUAUUUCGCCAAAGCCCUUUAGCUCAAAAAGUACUAGUGUCAAAGUUGAGAUUUUUUGAAAAACGAACAAGUGAAAUAAUGAUUUAUUUUGUAUUUAAGAUACUAAAAUUAAAAGGAAAAGAAGACUUCGAUGGCCUAACACUAAAUAUCUUUAGGUGUGGUGGUACAGUAUUAUUAUUCUGACUAACUACUUCAUCUUUGAUUUUUCCUGUCAAUAGUGACAAUUUAUUGUUCAGUAAUCGUCUUCAUUAGUUUAGAUUUUAGUAUCAUAGAUGUAUAAUCAUCUCGAAAAUUUUAAAUUGAAGAUCAUGAAGGUUUUAAUUUAGAAUGUGGGUAUAUUAACUGAAUCAUGGUUUCCUACCAUAGCUCAGUACCUAGACAAUCAUCAGCUCUCAUCACCAAUUGAAUUACUUCACUAUAGCUCAAUAGUGUGUUAAACUGUAAUAAAUCCGUAGCGAUUACAGUACACUCUCAGUCUAGUCUCAGAUCUUCGGUCAUGUUAAAAUUUGAAAUGAGUUAGCAUUCAAGGUGAGUACAUAAAAUAAUGUAUCUUAUAGUUGAUCACUGUAUUUUAAUUUAACUUGUAAAGAUAUUGUACGAUAGUCAACAUCUCCCUCUAAGUUCUCCAAAAUCGUCCUUUUGCUUAAAGUUUGUUUCUUCGACUCAUAAACAUAGUACAGUCGAAAAGUAGGGAGUAUUAACACUUUUAUUUGUGUCACCAGUUUUUUUGGCUCAGUUAUACAAAAGACUUUUUAUCUAUAAUCAACUUACACCAGUUGUUUAUUCUAGAUUUCCAACAGAAUUCAAAAAUAGUGCUUUGUGUUACCUCCGUAGCAUGAAAUAUAGCUUUAUAGGUGUUUUGGACGCAUUUUUGACCGAAUGGUGGGAAAAAUGUUGCUUGAUAUUUGUAAAUCCUCCUUUGUUGGUGAAUCAGGAAGUGGUAAAUCAACAAUUGUUCGACUUUUGUUUCGAUUCUAUGAUGCCACUGAAGGAGAGAUUUUAAUUGAUGAACAAAAUAUUAAAUCAGUUACUCAAGCAUCAUUACGUCAGUCACUUGGGGUUGUGCCACAAGAUACAGUUUUAUUUAAUGAUACAAUAUAUUAUAAUAUACGUUACGGACGUCAGUCAGCUGAUCGAACAGAUAUUGAACAAGUCGCCAUUGCCGCUGACAUACAUCGAUGUAUUUUAGAGUUUCCAAAAGGCUAUGAAACAAUAGUUGGUGAACGGGGUUUAAAAUUAAGUGGUGGAGAAAAACAACGUGUAGCUAUUGCCCGUAAUCUUUUAAAGAAUCCAACUAUUAUGAUUUUAGACGAAGCUACAUCAGCAUUGGAUACAACAACAGAACGCAAUAUUCAAGCUAGUUUAAAUCGUAUUGCACAAAAUCGUACCACUUUAAUUGUUGCACAUCGUUUAUCAACAAUAGUUAAUGCAAAUGAAAUUUUAGUUCUACAUGAAGGUGAAAUUGUUGAACGUGGUACACAUUCGGAAUUAUUAUUAAAUCCCAAAAGUCGUUAUGCUCAAUUAUGGCGUCAACAAAGUGAAGUACAACAACAAUCAUCAACAUUCCCCUCUACAUCAUCUUCGUUAUUGUUACCAAUUAUUAUUGAAAACACAGAAAAUGUGUCCAAUCCAAUAAAUAGAACAAAUCAACUUGUUGAUGUGUAAUAUUUUCAAUUUAAUAUUUAUAUAGGAAGUUAAAUCCAAUUCUAAUAUAUCUUCAUAAAAUACUUUGACAUCAUAAAAAUUAGUCAUUAUUGUGUACGUAUAUAUAUAAAGAUUAGAUAAGCUUUCACUGUUACAGUAACUAGAGAAGAAACAUAGUAGUGGUAGUAUGUCAUCUUUGAUAUCGUCUACGUCCAUUUGUAAUGUUUCAUUUUUUGUUAUUUAGAAAAGCUUUAUCUAACUCAUCAUAUAUAAAUUGUAAGUGCAUACACUCAUAUAACUAGUUACACUGUAAUUUCAGUAGAUAUUUUAACAAUUACCUAUAUAUAUAUAAAGUAUAUAUUUUGUCAAAGUUCCUAUGUUUAUUGAUUGUUCAGUAGUAGUGAAUAUAUAUUUCAUGACAUCUGUAAA